UUGAAUUUUUACAUAUUACUGUAGUCACAAAAAUAAGCUGCUGUAUUAGCAGAAGGGAGUAGAACAGAAACAAGUGCUAACUGUGGAGUUAUCAAGUGUCCUCCCCUUGGCCAGUGCAUAUCCUGGGGACAUCUGGGUUUCUUUGUCAUCUUUGGCAAUGGAAGACUUGGUGCUUGGGAUCAGCUUGAAAAUAACACUGCUAGGAUUUUGUUUACUGUUUUGCUAAUGAUGUUUGGAUGUCCAAAACUUCACCUUCCUGGAAGGGUGGUGGCAGGUAUUUAUUUUGCUUUCAAAAUUUAAACCAAAGAAAAAUGUAAAGCUUCUAGUCAGACACAAACAUCUACACUCUGGAGUAAGGUGGUGGUUAAAUAUUUUUAAUUUUAACAUGUCUAUUUAGGGAUAUAUGUGAUGCUAAAUCAUGUAUCAUCUACAUAGCAGAGAGAAGAGUGCAGUGAAAUAAUAAAAAAUGUGAGCAGCUUUGAUAUGAAGAAUGCUGUGCACUAAGGCCAGGGUAAAUUAGCAGAGUCCUCCUUGCAGCAUUUGUCUUAGUUUCUAGUGUGACAGGAGGAUAUUAACUGCUGAUAAAAUCAGGGUAGGAAAGCAAUGCUUCCAUUAAAAUGUUAUGAUUUUGGAUAUUGAAGCAGACCUUACUUUUCCCUCUCUUUUUCCAGCAUCAAGAGAGUGAUCCAUAUCUCAUUUACUUGAAAACCAUUAGUCACCAUUCUAGAGAGACAGCUAAUUACUUUUAACUAAAAAUAAUAUUUUGAUAAAGCUGUGCCAUUUCUCCUGGGAAUUGUUUUAAACUUCCUGCAUGCCUACUACCAAUUUCUGCAAUACAGAUUGGGAGGAAUUUGUGCUGCACUCUUCAAUAGCAACAGGUCUGAAGAGUACCAAGGAUGAAAUUCUCAAGGGUCUUUAUGUCAUGGUUGGAAAUGGAAUCAUUACUGUAUUUUUGAGCUCCUGCUAACGUCAUUGACACCCACCUACAGUCUACUAGAAAUAUAAGUGCAGAGAUCAGGUUGUUCACAGAUUACGAGGAGACCAACCAAGAAGGGGCAAGCCAAAGCCAAAUUCCCUGGCAGUCUGUUCAUCUCCAGCAUGUGGAAAGGGCUGCUCCUGGGUCUGUGUGUAGUAUUGGCUGUGAGAGGACUGGCAAAGGGGGCUCCUUUCCAACCAGAAGAUAAAUGGAAGCCUCUUGAUAACCCCAGAAACAGAGACCUGUUUUUCAGAACACUCCAGGCUUACUUCUCGGGCAGGGGUCUGGAUCUCAGGAAGUUCCCAGCCACUUUCACUGUGAACAAUGAAGGACCAAGGCUCUACUCAGAUCCUAUUGCUUCUGCAUUUGCAGAUUAUGAAGAAAAGAAAAAAUCCUUUCAGAACUAUUUCAAAGGCUGAAAGAUUCUGCUGAUGAAGGCAUUAACUUCAGAAGUCCAUGCCAAGUGGAAACCUUCACAACAAAAUUUUACUGCUUUGACUUUUUAACUGUUACCUGACAAUUCCAAAGUUUCUUCACUGCCCCCAUUUCUGCCAAUAGAAUCUGGUGUCCUGCUGCAAUGAGCAUUAUUCUGUCUGUUGACAAAUGUGUGCUACUGCAGUCUGUGAGCAGAAUUGUGCUUAAGUGUGAAUAAACGGGGAGUGCAUUUAA